CACGGCUGUGUCCCCUCCCUUAUCCAAUAGAGGGAAAAUAUCCACACACACACACACACACACACACGUCCACUUCCGGACACGACUGUGCCAAUCCAACCCUCUGUCCUGAGUUUUAUCAUGCAGCAUGCGCAGAUGUACCAGCAUUCACAACGCUGAAAGACUAAACAGCGCGACGCUCGCAAAACUUAAUUCAACUUUAGGAACGGGAUAGACUCGUUCACCGCUCUCACAGGAGGUUUUCACACUCUCUGGCCGGUUUGAAUGACAAAGGCGAUCCCGUGGGAAAAUCACGCGCCUUCACAAAAUGGAUAAAGGAACGGGACUCCGUCCUGUGAUUUUGAUUAUUGCUCUUGUGUCGUUCUGUGAGGCCCGUGUGGUGAAGGUUCCGGUCGGUCCUCUAGUUCAUGUAGCAGGGCAAGCUGUCUCCAUUCGCUGUGAUGUGUCCUACUACGAGGGACCCCGAGAUCAGGAUUUUGAGUGGUCUUUGGUACUUGCCGGAGAUAAAUUGCUCUCGCUCGUCUCCACCUUUGACAGUAAUUUUGUGGACCCUUCAAUGAGGGACCGGGUUAACAGUGGUGACAUCAAUUAUAAUAAGCUGGGAGAUGCUGCUAUUGAACUAAAAUUCAAGAAGGUCAGAGCAACAGACAGUGGCGUGUAUCGCUGCAGUACCCCGAGCACCGAUUCGGUCAUCAGCGGGAACUACCACGCCGAUGUGGAGCUCAAAGUGAUCGGGGACAGUCUGAAGGUGGCUCCAGCCAUUCCCAAGUCAGCGGUGUCUGAGGGAGAAUCAGUGGAACUCCAGUGUAGCGCGACACGGGGCUUCACGGAGCACACCUUCCUCUCCGUUACUUGGUCCAUCAGGAAAGGGAGCAGCCCGGUGGAGGAAAUCUUGACGUUUGGGCCGGAUGAUAAGAUCAAAGUAGGACGCAACUACACUCGGCGUUACACAGAUGGUGGAUUUCAGUUGGACCUUCGUGGAGGUGGUUUUUAUGGACUGGUCCUGAAAAGAGCGAAGCCAUCAGACCAAGGGGAGUAUGUGUGUACGGCCCAAGAGUGGGUGAGACAGGGUGAAGAAGGAAGAAACUGGCGCAAGAUUCUGGAGAAGUCUGAGGAAAUGGGAAAGGUGGUUGUUACACCCACAGUUCCAGUUUUGCGAGUAGUAGCCCAUCGUGUGAGAGAAGCCUCGACUGGUGGAUCCACAUUUGAGAUGAGCUGUCGGGUGACCGGUCAGAACCUGAAGAAUCCCGGCUACUCUGUGCUCAUCCGCUUUGAGGAGAUCUUGGGAGGAAAGUCCCGCAAAGUGUUGUCACUCAGCCAGGACUCAGUCUUGCAGCUAGAGGAGUGGAGCGAGCCGAGCCGCAUUGACAGCGUGGUUCUGGAGAAGACCGGGCAGCUCGAGUACCGCUUCCGUUUGUAUGGGGCCCAGGUCACAGAUCGUGGGUUCUACUAUUGUGACGUCACGGCCUGGACACGGGAUCAGAGCCAAGACUGGAUCAAAGCCAUCAGUGCGGAGUCCAAUAAGAUUGAGAUCGCUUUUGUACACACAGGCCCAGUAUUCAACAUAUCCAUUCAUUCAGAAGCAAACAAUGUGUUACCAGGGGACACAGUCCAAAUGAAGUGCAUCAUAUCCAUCCUGGAAGCUUCUCCGAACACUGGUGAUAUGACAUUUGAUGUACGCUGGUUCCAGAACACAGACUGGGCUGUAGAUAACGGAGUCCAACCUCUCAUCAGUAUGGACCGCUGGGGAGUGGUUAAGAAGACCGGCUCCAAUGACACCAGUCUGGAGCGCACCGACCAACACACGUUUGUCCUGAGCUUACACAAGAUUCAGGAUAGAGAUGUAGGAGAAUACUACUGUACCGCCACACCCUGGCUCCUGUCCCCUGCUACUGGUGCCUGGAACAAGGAGAAGGACCUCACCUCUACUUCAUCAUUUCUAUCUGUCAAAAUGGAAUUGUGGGAAUCUUUGAAGAUGCCAGUGGGAUAUGGUUUGGCUGCUGCUGUGAUCGCUGGUCUUCUCUCAGUGCUGCUGGGUCUUGCUGUCGCCCACUGCUGUUUCUCCAAAAACCCCAUGCAUACGCCCCGUCCCCGUAACAAGCUUAUGGACCUGGAGAUGGAUUAAACCAGUCCCCCUUUGCACUGCUGUGAUCCUGCCCAAAACCACUUCGACCGACUUGAUGUAUUAUGCUUUGGGACAGAAUGUGGAUAUGCACAUUGCUUAAUAAGAGAUGGAGAACCUGUCUAUAUGCACUCCGAGGAUUGAGCCACUCCAAUUGAUGGCUCCAUAUUCCCACUUGGGAGCAAUACACUUAUUAUUCUCAGGAAUAAAGCAUCCAAUGUUUUUUUCCCCUCUACACAUCCUGACUGCUGAUAGGAUGAGAGCACCAGGAAUGAAAUAUUUCGUUAAGUACAAACUUGGUGCUGCACAAUGGCUAAACCAGCAAUGUUGCAGUUUGUACAGUUGAUUAUUUUAUAGCAUUUAAUAGGAAGGACUCUAACGAAAGAGCCAAGAACUUGUCAGUUGUGAGUGUGGCAGAAACUAAAAUUUUAGAUUGACCUUUUAAACCGCUGCACUCCCAGAGGCUUUGUUUGUCACAUCGUCUGCGGACGUCCGCUGUGCCCCCCGCCCUGACUGCCUGUCAGAGUUAUGCCGCCAACAGUAGGGAACCUAAAAUGACUGACCCUCCCUCUCUGCGGUAGAGCGUAGUGUUGAUCCACAGGCUAAAGGAAAUAUGGCUGAUGGAUGGGUGCUUCAAGGCUGCACUGCAUCAUUCUGGGAUCCAGAAGUGACCACUCGAGGGAACGGACCAAACAGGUUGUCAAUCUGUGGCUUGGCUUUGAGCGGCCUGCCUUAAAGAUCGCUUGUCAAGCAUUUCAAAAACCCUGAUAACUGAUAUCCACACUGUUGGCAUUAACUCAUUCCUCACUCUCUCUGUCCUGCCCACAAACAAA